GAGCGCUGGCUGCGGCGGCGGCGGCGGCGCUGAGCUCCGCCGCGCUGCGCGCGGCUCCGCGCCGUGCUGCGCGAUGAGCGGCGGCGAGGUGGUGUGCGCGGGCUGGCUCCGCAAGUCCCCGCCGGAGAAGAAGUUGCGGAGAUAUGCAUGGAAGAAACGCUGGUUUGUCCUGCGCAGCGGUCGGAUGAGUGGUGACCCUGACGUGCUAGAAUACUACAAAAAUGACCACUCUAAGAAACCCUUGCGUGUGAUCAACCUCAAUUUCUGCGAGCAAGUGGAUGCCGGACUGACCUUCAACAAGAAGGAGCUGCAAGACAGCUAUAUAUUCGACAUCAAGACGAGCGACAGAACCUUCUAUCUGGUGGCUGAGACAGAAGACGACAUGAACAAAUGGGUUCGCAGCAUUUGCCAGAUCUGUGGCUUCAACCAAUCUGAGGAUAACACAGAUACCCUGAGGAGUAUUGCCUCCAUGAACCAUGCUCCACGUUCCUCCCCAGCUGAGCUGAGCGGCUCCAACCACCAUCUGCUCCGAGACCGCAAGUCCUCAGCACCGUCCCAUUCCAGCCAGCCCACCUUGUUCACUUUCGACUCGCCGGCCAACCACAUCCAGACCACCCUGUCUGCCAGUGCCCCUCAGGACUACCUUUUCCUGCACCAGUGCAUGAGUAGAAAAUCAGAAAAUGCAAGGAGUGCCAGUUUCUCCCAAGCCACAAGAUCCUCGUUCUUCAUGAGGAGCGACACAGCUGUUCAGAAGCUCUCCCAGGGCAAUGGACACUGCAUGAACGGGGUCAGUGGGCAGGUCCAUGGCUUUUAUAGCCUACCAAAACCCAGCCGGCACAACUCAGAGUUCAGGGACAGUGCGUACGACCUCCCACGGAGCUUCGGUUCCUACACCCACACCAAGUCAAGCCUCACAAGCUCCGAAACAGAUAACGAGGAAGUCUAUACCUUUAAGACUCCCAACAACACCCUGUGUAAGGAGUUUGGGGAGCUCUCCACAGACUCCUACGACAUCCCUUCCACUCCUCUCUCCAUCUAUCAGAUCCCCAGGACAUUUACACUGGAUAAGAACCACAAUACUCUGGCCGUGGCUGCCAGUGACUCACCUGCCGCGCCACCCCCGCGGCCCCCAAAGCCCGGGCAGAUGGAGCCACGGUGGGGCAGCCCACCACAGAGACCCCAGGCCAACGAAAGCUUAGGAUUGGUGCCCUUGGCAGCCACGAUUCCCAGGAGGAACACAUUACCAGCGGUGGAGAACAGCAGGCUACACAGAGCUUCUUCUUGUGAGACAUAUGAAUAUCCCCAGCACGGAGGCAGCAGUGCUGUGCAGUCAGUUGAGUCUAUGAACGAUGGGUACAAUUCCUACCUGCAAGCUAAGGCUGCCGUGGCCCGCUCACACAGUGCCGAUUCCGAGGACAACUAUGUUCCAAUGAACCCCGGUUCAUCAUCACUGAUCCACACAGAGAAAGCCAAUGACAAUGCCCAAAAUCUCUACAUCCCGAUGAGCCCUGGGCCACAUCACUUCGACUUAGUAGGGUUGUCCUCGAGCACCCUCCCAGUGCAUAAAGGAGGAGCCAUGACACAGUGCCACAGACGGUUGAGUGAGAUCCAGCCCCCACCAGUCAACCGCAACCUUAAACCCGACCGGAAAGCAAAACCAUCACCUCUGGACCUGAGGAACAACACAGUCAUUGAUGAGCUUCCCUUCAAAUCACCAGUCACUAAAUCCUGGUCCAGGCCUACUCAGACUUUCAACUCCGGCUCUUUGCAAUACUGCCGCCCUGUCUCCUCGCAGAGCAUCACCAGCACUGACUCAGGAGACAGCGAGGAGAAUUACGUGGCAAUGCAAAACCCCAUUUCUGCUUCUCCUGUUCCUAGUGGCACCAACAGCCCAGCACCUAAAAAGAGUUCAGGGAGUGUGGAUUAUCUGGCUCUAGACUUCCAGCCAAGCUCGCCAGGACCACACAGAAAGCCCUCCACCUCAUCGGUCGCCUCGGACGAGAAGGUUGAUUACGUGCAAGUGGACAAGGAGAAGACACAGGCCCUGCAGAGCACCAUGCAGGAGUGGACUGACGUGCGGCAGUCCUCAGAGCCCGCUAAGAGCACGAAGCAGUAGUGCCAGCAGCGGCCCAGGAUGGGCAUCUAGACAGGCAAAUGUCCAAGCAGUUUUCCCGGGCUGAGGCACGGGAACCCCAUCUGGGGUUGCCAGCGCUGCUUGGGCUAGUUUCUAAGACUGUUGUCUGCAGAGGGGAGGGGGUCUUCAUUAUUUUUUCCUUUAAGACACAAUGAAACUUAAUUUCAGGGGAAGACUUGGCAGAUACUGUUUGCCAGUGAUAAAGACCAACUACGUUCGGUGGCUAGGUUUGUGCUUUAGCUGCUGGUUUCACUAUCCAGGAACUUUAACUUAGCAAUAUCAGGUUUUGCCCUGCACAACUUUUGCUUAUAGCUAUUAAAGCCACCUUGUAUGUGCGAACGCUGCAGCAUCUCUCCCCGUCUUCUUACAAACUGUACCCUCAAACUGUGCCAUGCGGGUUUGGCAGCAUCUCUCGUAGGACAUCAGUUCCGUAGCUCAGAUUCCCAUGACCCCUCCAUAUGGUCACCUUCUUCUCUCGCCCCUCCUACCGCAUCCCAAAACUGAGCAAGGACCAUUCCCAUAUGUCUUUACUUUCCUUGUCACAUUUCUUGUAAAUAAUGAUGUGUUCAAAAUGUCUGUGAGCUAUUUUUUCUCCUGGUGGGACAGCCCCCAUGUUUAUGGUUGUGAUUCUUAACAGUUAGGAGCCCGAAGAGUAUCCAAACCCACCAGCUGAGCUGGCUCUGAAGUCCAGAACUCAUGCUUCACCAUACAUGCACAAGCACAUCAACACAUGCUCACGCACACAUGCAUGCACACAUGAAGCAGCCAGCUUUGUUGGAGUGUCUUCUUCUUCCACUGAUGCUUUCCAAGGUCUCUCAAAGACAGUGGAUUGGAGAGAUUAGCUUUUGACUGCAGAAUUUAAAUUCUGACCAUUGUCUGUUUGAAGCCAAGUACCCGUGAAUCUGGCCCUAAGAAUCAAAUUUUGCCCUUCAUGGCAACAAGAGAAGCCCAUAGAGGGAGAGUCCUUCAUCUGUCGCCAUCAUGAGAAGCUCUGCGGUUGACUACUAGGAGCAGGAAGAGGCUCUGGAGGCUCUUGUGUAUUGUGACUGGCAUGAGGAUGAUCAAGAGGAAGGGGGUGUGAGGCUGUAUGUGAGGACACGGAAAAGGCAGAUGCUGUGCUGGAGAGGUCAGACUUGGGAAAAGGGACCAACGGGGUGUUUCUUGGAGGAACGGAGCAAAGUAACUGAGAUGUCGAACUGUGGUGAAGCCUUAGGCUUGGGAAGAGGCUGUACAGGAGAGUCGAGGCAGAGCGGGCAUUUGGGUGUUUUCAUGUAAGCUUUGAUGUUGUGCUAGGAGUGGUUUGUGCUGGGUGCAAAGGGCUGAACUAGGUGUUUUCUCCCCAUCUUUAAUUGCAACUAUUCUGUUGUUUCUUCGACACAGCUAGGCGGCUUGCUGUUGACAACCCUGGACUCCAACUAAUGACAGGAGCCUGCUGUUCCCCCUCCCAGCUUGCUUGACAUAUCCAGGCUUUGGGAUUACUCCCUGAGCAGCUGCUGGGCUCAGAGAGUCAAGAGGGAAGAGGCAGAGAUAGUAUUUGCAGAGAUAAUAAUUCAUGAUCUCAUAAAAACAGGAAGGACUAAUGAUUGUCAUGUAGCACCGUGAUUGCCAGACUGUGAGCGUGGACACGGAUAAACAGGCUGACCACGAACUGAGAGCCAGACAAGAGACACUAGUAAGAUUAGGUAAUAAUAUUUAUUAAAUAGCUUGGACCAGCUAUUUUUUCUUCAAGCUGAACCCCUCCCAAUGCCACUGGCUGGAAGUUUCUCCAACACCACCAAGAAAAACAAACAUUAAUGUUCAUUAUUGAUACUUAGGCUUUAACAUGUCUUUUAAUCUUGGCCUGAGUUUGGAAAGAGCCAGAUAUGACCCACAUGGGCCUAGGACGCCAAUCCCUUUAGAGCUGGAUGCUGCCUUGCAAACUAAUUCUCAGAUUUCCAGUUUAGAUCUUCUCCCUUACUGUGAAAGGGGAGGAUAUUAGUGAAAAAGCUCUGGAUGAUCUUUUAGCACAUUGCAAUGUUGGCCUUUUACAGGAAUAAUAAAGCAAAUAUCUUAAUGCUCAUGAUAAAAAUAAGAGUCAUCUGGGAAAAAAAAAAAGUGGGAAAGAUUUAGCACAGCCAUAUGCUUUCUGAAGGUCGGGGAGUGUGUUACAGCCUGCAAGGGCCUUUGCCUCACAUUGAGGGCUUGCACGCUUACACAGUGAAGUAAUACAAUGAAGAGAGUACAGUACUUUGUAUUACUAUAACCUCUUUCAUCAUCACAUCUCAGGGGAGACUAAACAUUGGGCCCAGUUCAGAGCCCACUGAAGUCACCGCGAAGCAUCUCAUGAAAUUCUGUGAGCUCAUUAAAAGGACAUGGACAGACCGUCUGGUCUUGGCAUCACAUGGGUGCCUGAGAAAAGGGGAGAAUAAGCAGAAGGAGAAGCUGAGCCCACCGGCCUGCUUUACGUUCACCUAACUGAGGGCACUGGGCAAUGCAACACCGCCAACAAAAGCACCAUCCCUGCUGAAAUGCAAAUUUGACUUCAGCAGGAAGCCAGUUUUCCUAUUUAAUCUUCCAAAGUAUUAUGAUGACCCUUCCCAAAGGAAGAUCAGAUUGGGGAGAGGGGUUGCAACGCAUGCUCGCUGCCCUGUAUUAGUACAUGUAUUUACUCACCUCAUGUCACACCGAAAUGCAGCCACCGCUGGUGUGGAUUACAGAAGUAAUUUAAGGGGUAGCACCCAAUGCUGCUAUUUGGGCCUCUCUUGGUAAAACAACGCAAUUACUCUAGAGAGUAAACUGAGUCCAGCUCCAGGCAAAAAUGUGCUAAGCCAGACCUAAAACCUGGAGUAAUCGGAUGAUAACUUGUGCUCAAACUGAGCCUUUUUCUCUGCCCAUGUGACUCGCUGCCUCACGCACGUAUCCAGUAAUUUGAGGCGCGAUCAGAAAUUCAUUUCCCCUUUGCACGAACAAGGUUGAAAGGAGAGGAGCUCUGGAACUGCUGAAUAAUAUUUGUCUGCUGUAUCCUAAAAGCAGGGAAGGAAGGGGGAAGCAAUGUUUAUUUCUGAUGAUACAGCGACUCGAUGGACAAAAUAACAAGUGGGAUGCUGUCUGUUGAGCCGAUGUCCUUCAGUUGUGGGAUCGGGUGCAUGCAGUGCACUCCCAGAUCCAAUCCAAGGGGGUAAACGAGAACAAGAGAGCCCUUCCUAUUACUGGAGGAACUAGUCUUUUUCCUCUGUGUCCCCAUUUGUUCAUAGGACAGAAGCUGUCACAUACAAGGCGUGGGAUAUCUCUUUUCCCUGGCUGAAAACUUCUGAUGAUUUCCAUAUUAAACUCUCCAAAUGGCAGGAUUGCUUUCAUGCGCAUCCCCGAUAACUGGCCCUUCACAUUUAGCAAGCCAAAGGAUCCCUAAAAUAACUACUUUGCAACCACUAGUUGCAGUGAGGUCUAUAUUUUCCCCUUCACAUUGGUCAAAAACAGACCUUCUCCUCUGUUUUUUGCUGCCAAGCACCAAGCAUGUGGCUCCUACACCAUGCACCCUGUGCAUUGCACUGCCUCAUCCCUAUAGACAUAACUCUGCCAGCCCUUCCCAAGCCCAAAAGCAGUCAAGUAAUCAAUGGCUGCAGUAGAAAUAGUCAUUUCUGCCGGUUGCUGAGCUGAUUACACCAGUCCCCAAUGAUUAAUGUUUGUGAAGUAUUUAGCAUUAAACCGUAUUGAAAAGCUGCUGGUUUAAUUACACGGACUGCCAAGAACUUUGUCCUGAAGGCAUUAAGUUCAUCGCAUCCACUCUAUACUUAGAUGCUCGAGUAAGACUGUCUCUUUUGUUAGAAAUAGGUAUUUUAAGAAGCUGAGAACAUUGCAAAUGAGUCAUCUGCAUUGCAAGCAAAAGGUCUGCCUUGAGUCCAUACGUCAAAGCCUGUUCUUCAGCUGGACAGUCCCGUUUAAGUAAAGGGAUGUGUAUGUAUUUGUGUGUGUGUUCACAGACAGAGGUUGAGUGUUUGACAAGCAUGCUGACCUUUGCAUUUACUUUUUCGAAGUGUCAGGACCAAGGCACAAAGCUUUCCCCUCUUUCAAAGCUGGUGCUUUUAGAGGCAGCAUGUUUCCAGAAGUGUGUGUCCCUUUUUGUGAGCGACUGACUAUUGCUCCCAGCUAUUCUGGCUCUUCAAAUGUCUAUGAGCUGCCUUGUAACCAAUUUGCUCAGAAUUGCCACUCUAGUGCUUGAUGGGAAAUAAAUUUCCUGCUAUAAAUGGAUGCCAGACUUAGGCUUAGUCUGAAGUAGGAGAAAGAAUGUGCGUGAGCGGACUGUGCAGGGGCAAAGCUGAGUGUUGGACAGACAGAGACAAAUCGGGAGCCAGCACCAAAAAGUGACUAAGGCUUGGGGUUGCAGAGGGCUAAUCAGGAUGGAUUUAGGAUACAGGGCCACUAGCCACUGAAGAGGGAGCAUGAGACUGGGAGGAGAUAAAGAGGAGAUGUUUGCCAGUGAGGUUUGAGUCUGGGUCUUUGCACAAUCCAUCCUUGGCAGGACUUACAAGUCAGAUUUAAACAGAAUGUUUGUGGGUUGUGGAGAGGAGCUUCUGAUCACUAAAGGUCAUGUGCUAACUCAAGGGGAGUGCUCCAUGCGCUCUUAGGCUUUACCCAGGGUGAUGCAGCUUCUGGUGGCCCUGCCUGACUCGCCUGGAUUGGAUAGCCCUGCACCCAAGGCCGUGGCACUCCUCUCCUGUUGAGGAGCCCCAGGACAUGCGCCCCAGCAUGCAGCUGUGCAGCAGAAGCCCUCAGAGAGAAGUGUUGGGGACCUAAAGCCCAGGCAAAGAGCGUGGUCAGAUCAAUGCUAAGGGGGCAAGGGCUGAGCCCCACUCUGCAUGCAAGAUCUGGGAGAGGGUGCCCUCCCCUACAUCUCUCUUGGGCUGCUUGGCACGCAGCAGUGUGACAAGCACAGGAUGCCCAGAGAGGCUGUGCCUCUCCACCCUAGGAGGCUUGCAAGACUCAGCUGGAACAAGCGCUGAGCAAUGGUGUCAGAUUCCAUCACUGAUCCUAUUAAAGCAGGAGGUCGGACUAGGGACCUCCUGAGGAACUCCUAGUGUCAUAUUAGCAUUCUAAUCAGGGCCAGGGCCUCUUCUCCAGCUAUGAAGCCAAAUGGCAAUGCACAACUCACAUAACUAAGGCUAAACAUGCUGCCAGCAAAAUGGCCUAAUCCCCCCCCCACCCCCCCCGGGACAAUCCCUUGGACCUGGGAGAGGUUUCAGUAUUUUCCUAGCUUGUGAUGUUGCCAUUCCAUUUAAGAGCUGCACUUCGCAUCACAUUGUAGGGACAAGCCCAGUGCCAUGGUGGUGUGCCUAGGGAGAGGCCCCAUUCGUAACGGGAAGGGCAAAGAGCACAAGCUAACUCUAUCCCCCGCUGGGGUAUGGGGCCAAAGGAAACAUUUGGCCAUCAGAGAGCUGUCACUGCUGUGUGAACACCUGAGCAAUUCAGGGACUUUGAGGGACCUUAUGCCAAGCCUCAGUGUUUUCUUGCAGAGCUCCCCAGGGAAGAGCAGAGUGCAUUACUGCCCAGAAAGUGCUAACCUCGUCUCAUUCACACAUUGAUCUCCUGACUGCUAAUGAGGUUCACGCAGUUAGAGAUCUACACCUUUCGGUAAUGAUUUCUUUCUUGGACUUGAGGACAUCCCUCUGUCAGCUCGUUCUUUAUUUCUUAUCUGUGUAGUCAAGAUUUUAUCUCCUUGUUCACAACUCCUAGAGAUGUAUUACUUACUAAUAGGGCUGCUACUUCAGUGGCUUCUCUUGAGAAAAUUUGAUAUGUAGCAAGGUGUAUGAGAUGUAGUUCUUGCCCUGCUGACCUACAGCCAGCUUGUGCUGGCAUGCACCAAGUCCAAAUUUCAACACCAACCAGCAACCUGUGGACCAGAAACUGGUCUAUAUGGCUCCAUCUCUUGAGCUAAAAGAGCUUCACUGCGGACUUGCUUCCCAUCAGAGGGUCCUUAAUUUUCUGUAUGGCUAUUCCUAAGAUAUGACGGGUGUAUUUCUACAUCAGUGGGUUGACUACAUGUGAGAAGUCUGCCCCCAAGACCAGGAGAUAAGAAACCAUUGUUUUUAUUGUAGUACUUUGGGUGACACCAUACUAUAUCUUCAGAAGGGAAAGGGUAUGUUUAAGCUCUUGGUACCCCACUUUCUCUCCUGUUUGAAAAAUGAAGAUUUUUAUUACUUGAUUCCUCAUCUCAUAGAUGUGUUCUGAGGCUUAAUUGGUCAUCAUCUAAUGAUGAAAAGAGCUCAUUUGAGCCUGCACACAAUUGAGUCUGCAGGGCAGCAUGACACCCUGCAACAUUGUCACCUAGCAAUGCCUAGUCUAGCACCACACAGGACAUGAAAUUUCCUGUUCUACACAACUCAUUAAGACCCUCAUCCUUAAUUGCUAUGGGGAAGCAUUUUCUCUUGAAGAAGGUGGGGGGAAAAAGAUUUUUGCACAGUUUUGACAUUCUGCUGCCAUAUCACCCCUCAAAAUACAACGUCUCUUUUAAGAGCGCUUCUAACGUUGUGGUCGAAGCCUGCCCCAUGCAGGCAAAGGGAGUAGGACCAUAGGCUCCAUGGGGAGUCUGCCAGUGAGUUAGGACCAAACCUUUGGAGUAGGACAUCCCGCUCAACCCAGCCCUCGGUGAAGUCCACCAAUCCCUGUUGACUUCAGUGAUCACAGUGUGGGAACGACCCCAUCUGAAUUAGGGUAGCUUUAUCUGUUUGUUUCUUCAACUGCUGCAAGGAGAGUCGGAGCCCUGGCUUUGAAGCCAGCGUGCUGGCAGCCUAUUUGCAGUGAUAUUUUGUGUGUUUUGAAGCCUAUGACUGUUCUUAAACAGGAGUAUUUUUAAUUUUUUUUUAUUUGUAGAAGGAAGGACAAGAGUAAUCUGUGGCAAACUGUACAGUAUGUGUCUUCUUGUGGUGUCACUGUUUGAAAGGUAAUUAAGUUUUCAAAUCACUGUGGACAGCUAAUCACUUAAGUUAUUAAUUUAUUCUUUGGGGUUUUGUUGUUUUUUUAAGUAAUUUGAAACAAUUAUUUAUCCUGUAAAUUGAUCUUGAGUGAAACUUAGAUAAUACUUUUUUUGCUGUUAAUAAACAUGGUACCUGCCUGACGUGAAGGUGAUCUCGUUUUUAAGUACUGUAUAUGCAGUGGAAAAGCAACGGGAAAAAUAAAAGAAUAAUAAUAAAAAAGACCUCUCUCA